GCAUCAGCAGCGACAUUUGCUACAAGUACUUCGGCUUCCGCGGCCGCAUUUGGGCUCAGUUCCUGGCACUCUUUUUCGAAGCUAUCUUCCUUUUCAGCUUCGGCAAGGUGGACAAUUCCCAGCCUUGGUACGUGGCCUUGGCAGUCUUGGUUUGCUUCUCGCUCUUUGUGCAGAUGGCGGAGGGCACCUCCUACGGCAUCGUGCCUUUUAUGAACCGGAAGCUUGGAUCGCAAAGAAUCUUGUGGGAGAUUAGCAGUUGCCACCUGAAGCAGCUUGCGGUUGUGUCCGCGCUUGUGGGUGCCGGCGGAAAUCUCGGGGCAGUGAUUGCAGGCUUCUGCUUUUACAAGCCGAUCCAGGAUGCGCUGCUGCCUUUCCAGGUCCACGCGGGCUAUGUCAUGUUUUGGGCGCUGCUGAGCCCCUGCUACUACUGGUCCGAGUUUGGUGGGAUGUUCCAUGGUCCGGCACAGAGCUUCGAGAAGGGCAAGACCCAAAGCAGCGAGUCCGAGUCUUACACGGAGUCCGAGGCCACCAGCGAGAACUGCAUGUGA